CUUUCCAAAUCUCUAUCAUACGGAUCAUUAUCAGCUAAAUGUUUGGAAGUAUCAUCACCAUUUGGCUGCCUGUUCAUAAGUUUGAAACCAUGCAUUCCUCCCUGUUUCUCAUCUUCUGUUUGGCAAUCUCCAUCUCACUUACAAGUGGAGAACAACUCAUCUUAGCAAACAACUGCAAUGAAAGUGUCUGGCCUGGAAUACUCGGCAAUUCAGGCCACCAGACGCCAAUGGGUGGCGGUUUCCAUCUCGGCAGAGGCAAGCACGUAGUGGUCGAAGUGCCGAAGAAGUGGUCAGGCAGGAUUUGGGGCAGGCAAGGCUGUUCUUUUAGCCGUGAAGGAAAAGGCUCGUGCGACUCGGGAGACUGUUCAGGCAGAUUACAUUGUAGAGGCACUGCUGGUGUUCCUCCAGCCACUAUUGUUGAAGUAACUCUGGGAUCAUCUAUUUCACCAAUGCAUUACUAUGAUGUUAGCUUGGUAGAUGGCUUCAACUUGCCUCUUUCAAUGAAGCCAAUUGGGGGUGGAAUUGGCUGUGGCAUUGCGUCCUGUGAUAUUGAUGUCAACAUUUUCUGUCCAUCAGCAUUGGAAGUGAAGAAGAACGGAAAAGUGGUGGGCUGCAAGAGCGCCUGUUUAGCCAUGCAAUCAGCCAAGUACUGCUGCACAGGGAAGUAUGCUAACCCCAAAACCUGCAGACCCACUCUAUUUGCCCAUUUAUUCAAAGCCAUGUGCCCCAAGGCUUACACCUAUGCUUUUGACGACCCGUCCAGCCUUCGUAAAUGUAAGGUUUCGCGUUACGCCAUCACAUUCUGCCCUUCCAUGUGAGGACGAUUCCAGGUUACUGCAGAAAAAAGUCUACCAUGACAGUACAAAAAUAAUGCCUUGCUGCAGAAUUAGAAGCUCUUGUACGUUUUCUAUCUUAUUUUUGUUAGUUACUCAAGAAAUAGACUCCAAUAAGCAUCUGUUGAAGAUUUUGCAUUCUAUGUCAAUAUAAAUAUCCUGUUACGCAUAUUAGUUCA